AUGUUCUGGGUGAGAGUACCUUUCAAUAAAGAGAUUUUAUCACGCGAAGAACGUGCAACUGUAAAUCUCGGACGGCCCGUGUUUCAAGCUGGUCCUUUACUCAAUUUUCUCAACGCAUUCCUUUUUGCUUUGUGUACGCUCAAGCCACGAAAGCACCAACCUGAACUAAAUACAUCUCUAAUAAACCCCGCUAGUGAGCACUGUGUAGUCGUCGCUAGAGCACGAAAUUGUGGCUCAACCACGAACAUUUACUGCAGGAAUAUCGAUAACAGUGCAAGUGGCGUAGGAAAACCCUUCCAGCUACGAAGGUCAGAGAACACAUCUUUUUGGACUAAUGAAGAUGUAGAAAAUGAAGGGAUCAAGGUCGGAUGUGUGCUGGAAUAUCGAGUUUUAACGUGCUAUCAGAGCCCCUUAGGAAGAUACUGUAAGCUGGGUAAGCGAGAUGGAAAACAGUUCAUUUUCCACAGGAAUGACCGUAAACCGCUACUGGUAAGUUUUCAUUAGUAUUACCAACAGCACAGUUGUCGGUAGAUUUUUUUUUGAGAAACUUACAUUGCCCUAGUGUCUUAGCAGGUUUAGAACCCCCCUCGCUGAUUUGGGCCCCCUUCAAAACUUCCUCUUUUUCAAUUUUCUCUCUGUCAGGAGGUUAAUUAGCUUUUUUUGUUUUUUGGUGAAAACUUCACCCUAUUACAUGUCCAUUCCUUUAGAUUGACUUUUGUUUCCUUGAAAGGGCGUAAAUGAAUUGCUGAAAGACCUUCAAGAUAAAAAUGUUUUAAGAAGACUUGAACAGGCAUGUGGAUAUGUCAACCUAAAGGUAACUAACUGAAUGCUGUAACAUUCAAGAAAAAUUUGCAAGUGAAACAACCCCUGUUUCUGCAGCAUAAAAUUAUCAGCAGUAUUGCUACAUCUUAAUUCUUGUAAGGAUGUACGUCAGUUCACCGCAGAUUACCUUUGCCCAGCAUCUCCUCUGUUUCACAGACAGCUUGUUGGUCUGAUGUAAAGAAAUCUAGACUGAUGUGAGAGUAAUCUAUCUGUAAGUUAGUAUCCAACAAUAUAACACAAUCACCAAAACCAGGAUUGUAAUAACUGGGCUUUUUUGUCUUCUAGUCUAAUAUGACGACCCUCAGACCACCCACCAUUGGUAACAAAAUGUGACAAUAUGUAUAACUUGUAUUGCUGUUUUAUUGAAAAAAAAACAAACAAACAUGUACUGAGACCAUACCAAUUGAUACUUUUAAUGUUCAUUGAAAUGGGUGUUUAUUAAUUUAUUUAUAAGUUAAUUAAUAUGAUUGUGGACUUCUGUUGUGACACUGACUGUUAGAAACCACUCUAACUCACUGGUUUCUGACCUUGCUAUUAGUUAGGAUUGAGCAUGCUAUAACAAGCCUCAUUCACUAUGUUUUUUCUUUUUUUCCUCUUUUCAUUGAAAGGCUAAUAGAUUUCAAGGCUAUUUAGGAAAACUCUAUACCAAACUUCACAUGGCAUGUACCAGAAUCUACUUCAUUGGAAUAAGGGCUUUUACAAUUAAGGAUGAAAGAGUCAUUCUGAAAACAAUGGGUAAAGAAGUGGUGGAUAUGCCACUGAACUGUCGAGAGAACCUUGUCUUGUCCACAGCACCAGUUCAUAUGCCACUUGAGAGGCCAAGGAAGGUUGCUGAUGGUGAUGAUCAUGGUGUACCUGGUGUGGCAGUUGUAAAAAUUGAAGCUUGUGAGUUUACCUGUGAGGGAUUGAUUUCUAGUGAGUGACCAGCAUUAUAUAUGUACAUAUAUUAUAUGGCUUUAAGCCUAAAUACACCCUAAUAUCAAUAUGCAUAUUCUCCAUACUGUUCUCUAUACAUUUCCUAAUGUGCUAGCAAGGAGAAUUUCUUUAACAAUCAAGAGCUUCUUCAGUUGAUUAUCAUUUCCUUUAUUUUCAUGACCUUAAUGUUUGAUUCAGGGGUGGUAUUGAAAGGAGAAAAAACAAACAAAAGCAACAAAUAAAAGUUAUUUAUUUUAGCAAUUAAAAUACAUAUCUAACAAUCCCAACCCGCAAAAUAGCAAAGCUAAUUAAGGCAGGAGGGAAUAAAACAAAUAUUAAAAUAAAUUAUUCAAUAACUAGUUUGACUGAAUAGAGGGAAUGACUAAAAAAGCAUUUACUGACAAUACCAUAAUGAGCUUAGUGUAUUUGACUAAAUGUAAUGAUUACUUGCUUACUCACUUAAGUCAUGUGUGCCAAGUUAGCAUUAAUGUUUUAUUUCCAUUGAAAAAAAGAACAUUAAUUUGGCAAUUUAUUGUAUUCUUGAACUACUUUUCAGGAUAUAAACCCUUCAUCAUAUCAAGGGAUGAAGAACCAGUAGACAUAAAGAAUGCAUCUGGCUCGUUGAUUCGUGUUCAAGGACGUCAAAGUGUCUGUUUUGACACUGGCAAUAAUGCAGCUGCCUGCAUAUCCAAAGAGCUUCUGCAGAAGUUGGAUCUGGAAGUUGACUGGGAGGAUACUGUUCCUGUUCAUUUAGCAGGAGUUAAUGGAGAGUUUUCAGAAGUAAAAGUUGUGCUCAAAAUUCGACAACACCAUUUUGAAGGGCUUGCAUUGGUUGGAGCUGUGCCAGAGGGUUUGCAUCUUCUCGUAGGAAUGGAGAUCAUUCAGGAGCUGUUUGACUUAGGCUAUACUAUUGGUAAAUAACCUAUGAUAUAUUUUAAGAAUUUAUAGGAUAUUGGUUUAUUUGAUGUUGAACAAGAUCAUUUAGUUGAACAUGGGUUUUUUAAUUUUUUGCAAGUGUAAGGUCU